UUCCCAGACCUAGAAGGCGUCUCUCUGUUCUCCAUACACUAUAUGUCUUUGUGGACACUUCGCAGCUUCAGUAUCGGGUCCUCUGUGUGUACAUUCACCAGCACGCUGUGAGCUCCGGGGAUGAAGCAAAUACUGAGCAGGGCUGUCCUCUGCCUGUCGGGCUUCCUGAUGGUGGCAGUCAAUGGCACUCAUUACAGGAUGUAUGGAUUGCCACCGUAUAGAAGCUACUUUUUCCCCCCUGUGGUUCAUGGCAGCUCAAUGUUGCCCCUUCCCAGACAUGGAGCGCUAGCCAGCCCUCUUCACAAGCCAGAAGAACCCAGGACUUUGCCCGUGCAGAAACCUAGAGACACCGCGUGUAAGAGGCAGCCCAUGGACCUGGUGUUUAUCAUUGAUAGCUCCCGAAGUGUGCGCCCAAAGGAAUUUGAGAAAGUGAAGACCUUCCUGUCUGAAAUGAUAGACACGCUAGACACGGGCGAAAGGGCCACUCGCGUGUCCGUGGUAAAUUACGCCAGCGCAGUAAAAAUCGAGUUCUUCCUCAAGACCUAUUUCACAAAAGCCGAGAUGAAAAAGGCUGUGUCGGCGAUUACCCCGCUGUCUACGGGCACUAUGACUGGACUGGCCAUACAGACUGCCCUGGAAGAGGCAUUUACAGAGGCUUCAGGAGCACGUCACGCGUCGUUCCAAAUUCCAAAAGUGGCCAUCAUUGUCACAGAUGGCCGCCCUCAGGACGGUGUGGAGGACAUUGCGGCCAGGGCCCGGGCUUCGGGGAUUGAGAUAUACGCAGUUGGAGUUGAUAGGGCAGAUUUACGGUCUCUCAAGCUUAUGGCCAGUAGGCCUUUGGACGAUCACGUUUUCUAUGUGGAGACGUAUGGGGUCAUCGAGAAGUUGACCUCUAUGUUCCGGCUGUCUCUUUGUGGCGUAGAUGCGUGUGCACUGGGAAAACAUGAUUGCGAACACGCGUGUGUUCCUACAGCUCUAUCCUAUUACUGCAGAUGUCAUGACGGUUACACCCUGAAUCUGGACAAUAAAACAUGCUCGCGGAUAGAAGAAGCACGGGGGAUUGCUCAAACAGAAGAUCCCUGCAAAUGUGAAGCUCUUGUCGCAUUCCAGCAAAAGGUUAACGCAUACAUCGAGUCACUGACCACAAAACUAGAUGAAGCUACCAAAAAAUUACAAGUUUAUGAACAAAGACAAAACGGAAUUUGAGAAAACUUCCAGGACUCUCUUUCUUUUUCUGUGCAAUAAUCUAAUUUCUGUAUAUUGCUAAAAUAGGAUCUCCUGCGUUAACGCUUAAUAUGAUAUACAAAAGAAUACAAAGCUGCGCUGAGAAGAAAAUAUAUAACGUUUAUUGGCGUCGGAGAAGGAUUUGUGCCGCAUCCAACUGGAUUUAAUCAUUAAGCAUUUGUACAACAGAGUUGCACUCAUUUGAUUGCAUGCAUAUGUUACAACGCUCAGAAUAAAGAAUAUUAAACAA